UGUUGUUAGCCGGACGGUAUAUUGUAAGAGAUAAACGACGGGCACACUGCUUUAAAACCCAACUCUGGCCGAGACCGAUAAAAAUUGUAAAAAGUUUUGUUGUGGCUACGUUUGCAGUGCGGCCAGCCUAGAGGCAUCCAUUCCAUUCCAGCUGAUGUGUGACUGAAUUGCAUUCGAACGCUUGGAUUUUCCACCGGUGCACUAAAAUCCACUUCCACCCACUAUCCCCAGAAUGAUUGGAGCCAGAAUCCGAAAGCUCGGGCCCUGCGUGGCCCUUGUUGCGGUUCUACAGCUGCUCCAUCAAGCAGCGCCAGCAGAUGCGGGAGCCGUUCCCAUGACCAGUGACAACAUCGACAUGACUCUAGCGUCUAAUGAAUUGGUUUUCCUUAAUUUUUAUGCGGAGUGGUGUCGGUUUAGUAAUAUUUUAGCGCCUAUAUUCAGUGAAGCGGCAGAUAAGAUCAAAGCCGAGUUUCCAGAGGCCGGUAAGGUGGUGCUAGGCAAAGUCGACUGCGACAAGGAGACUGCGAUCGCGUCGCGGUUUCACAUCAACAAAUAUCCAACCCUCAAGAUCGUCCGGAAUGGACAGCUCAGCAAGCGCGAGUACCGAGGUCAGCGUUCAGCGGAAGCGUUCCUCGAGUUUGUUAAGAAGCAGCUGGAGGAUCCGAUUCAGGAGUUCAAGUCCCUCAAGGAUCUAGAGAAUCUCGAUUCAAAGAAACGCCUCAUUUUGGGCUACUUCGAUCGCAGAGAUCAGCCCGAGUAUGAUAUUUUCCGGAAGGUGGCCACCAAUCUAAAGGAGGACUGCCAGUUCCACGUUGGCUUCGGGGACGCCGCUCAGGCCAUGCAUCCUCCUGGCACACCAAUCAUAGUAUUUAGACCCGAUGUGGCUUUGUCCCAUGAAAACGAUGAAACCUACACGGGAUCCCUGCAGAAUUUCGACGAGCUGAAGAUUUGGAUUCAGGAGAAGUGUGUGCCGCUGGUGCGGGAAAUAACGUUCGAGAAUGCAGAAGAACUAACCGAGGAGGGACUGCCGUUCCUGAUUAUGUUCCAUCGGCCGGACGAUCACAACUCCAUCAAGGACUACAAGUCAAUCAUUGAGCGUCAAUUGUUGGAUGAGAAACAGAAUGUCAACUUUUUGACCGCCGAUGGCAAGCGAUUCGCCCAUCCGCUGCAUCACUUGGGGAAAUCGGAGGACGACCUGCCCCUGAUCGCUAUCGAUUCCUUUAAGCACAUGUAUCUCUUUCCACACUUCAGUGACAUGUAUACGCCGGGAAAGCUGAAGCAGUUCCUGCAGGAUCUCUACAGCGGCAAGCUGCACCGGGAGUUUCAUUAUGGGCCGGAUCCCACGAAUGAGAUACAGCCUGAGGCCCACAGCGGCAAGGGUACCUCACCUCCCGAGUCAAAAUUCAAGGAACUUGGACCAUCCAAGCAUCGCUACACUCUACUAGAAAAAGAUGAACUGUAAUAUUAUUAUGUAUAUGCAAAACAAAA